AUGCAACGCUUCGUCGUUUCCCGUCAGGCUUUUGCUACGCUCCCGCGUGUAUCCCGUCGCACCCUGGCCAGUGUCACCUCCGAAUGCGUGUCUAAAUAUUCGUGUUCGCGGUCUUCUGUCCCCCGGGCCGCCCACCUCAACACCAGUUUCCCCACUACCCUCGGAUCCUAUCGUCGAUCCUUCCCCGUUCUCAACAACGCCUCCUUCAUCCGUUUCAACCCGUCAUCGGACCCAUCCUUUGCCAGUUCAUCUGAAUUCCGCGAUUGGGUCGCUUCGCUCCAGUCUCACUUCGACGUCCUCCCUGCAGACCCUAACGCACCCGUAAGCGCCGCGCGCUUCCGCCAGUACUCACGGGCCUUCGUCCUUCCCUUCGAAGACAAGCCCCGCGUUUAUUGGGCACCGGGUCAUGUUCGAGACGGAAGCGAUAUCACGUACUACAACCAAGGCGUUUUCAACCCGGAGCAUGACUCUGAGCGACGCGGGAUGCCCUCCAUUCCGCCCCACAUGCGCGUCAGUCCUCUUCUGGAGAAGCUCAUUCUGACCGAUGUCUCCUUGUGCGACUGGUCUAUCGACGAGCUCCGGCACCCGAUAAUCGUCGGUGUGCAUUUCAUUAAGACUGCUCCGUCCGAGAAAUAUCCAGUAUCCACGACGACACCGAACGCAUUGCAUCAAGACGGGCACAAGUUCUCUUUCGUGCACCUGGUCCGGCGGCGCAACGCUGCUGGUGGUGUGAACGUCAUCGCUGGACGGGGUGGUCAAUACGCCGGGCUGCAGCCAGAGGACGUCCCUGAACCCGAUGUGCUCGCACGGUUCUACUUGGAGUCUCCGCUGGACACUUGGGCGGCUUACGAUGAGAAGUGUUCCCACUAUGCGGGUCCGGUCAUGCAAGAGAAAUCGGGCGCUGAACCGAGCGAGCGUAGCGUGAUCAUCUGCGACAUUGAACCGAUGGUAGCGGCUGUCUGCCCGAUUUGA